UACCAAACAUUAUUACACCCUAUAACGCGUUAAAAACAAGAGAAAGCAAAGCAGCACAGCUCACUACUCCCAGUUUCUCUCACACUCUCUUCUGCGCUUUUCCUCCAAUUUCUGCGGCAGCAGUGACUUUGGAGAGCCCCGCUUAACUUGUCAAGGUCUCAUAUAACAAAAACGGAAUGUUUCUGAGAUGGUCAUGGUGGCACUCCAGGCUGGCUUGUUGAAUUAUUGGGAUUUUGAAGGUCUUUUCAGGAUCAAUAAGCAUAUUCAAAUAUGCUUCAGCAGGAGGGACUUCUCCUCAGAUCAUCUUUCCUUCUAAGUAUCUUUGUUGGGUUUCUGCUACAUUCUCUUGCCAUUUCAGAGAUUCCUUUAGGUUCAAAACUUUCUGUAGUAGACGAAAACAUCUGGGCCUCUCCGAAUGGUGAUUUCGCAUUUGGAUUUUUUAACCGAACAGAUGAGCCUAACUAUAGUGUUGGGAUCCGUUUCAAUUCAAAGUCUAUUCCACUUGGAAAACAAACUCUGGUGUGGACUGCUGGAGCUAAUAUCAUGGUUGGUGAAAAUUCGUAUGUCCAGUUGACCCAGGAUGGAGAAUUAGUAAUCAUUGAUUCUUUGAAGGAAGUCACUGUAUGGAGCAGCAGAACAAGCCGAUUAUCAGUUGUUUCAGCUGCUCUUCAUGAUAAUGGAAACCUUGUCCUGUUGAAUGAAGAGAAACAUAUUGUUUGGCAAAGUUUUAAUACCCCCUCUGAUACACUUCUUCCUGGACAGAACUUCUCUAGGUCGCAAAUGCUUCGAGCUGCAAGCAAGAAUAUUAUGUCCGAUUAUUUGUCCAGUUACUACACUCUUUUCAUGAAUGCUUAUGGUCAGUUGCAACUCAGAUGGGAAAUUCAUGUUGUCUAUUGGACAAGUGGAAGUGCUCCUGGUUCAAAUCUCAGCGCUUUCCUCACCUCUGAUGGAGCCCUACAACUCCGCGACCAAAACUUGAAACCUGUAUGGUCAAUUUUCGGGGCAGAUUACAAUGAUUCCAUAAGUUACCGGUUUCUUAGGCUAGAUGUUGAUGGUAAUCUACGCUUGUACUCAUGGCAUGAAGCUUCAAUGUCAUGGAGAGCAGUCUGGCAAGCUGUUGAGAACCAGUGUAAUGUCUUUGCAACUUGUGGCCCACAUGGCAUCUGUUUCUUUACCGAGUCUGGGUCACCUGAUUGUAAAUGCCCUUUUAAUCUUGUGAAUGGGUCCAUGGAAAAAUGCUCGAUUCCGUCUCAGCAAUGUGAAUCUGGUUCCAACUUGUUUAGUUAUAAGCAUACUCUCCUAUAUGGAAUGUAUACUGAUGAUUUAGUUGUCGGAACUAGUUUACAGCAAUGUAGAAGCUUGUGUCUCAAGGACCCACUAUGUACAGCUGCAACCUUCUCAAAUGAUGGAACUGCACACUGCUUAGUGAAGAGAAAAGAGUAUGUUACUGGCUAUUCGGACCCCUCACUAAGUUCAGUAUCUUUUGUGAAGGUGUGUGCAGAUCCAUUAGCUGUAAAUCCCAAUCUCUCCAUGUCAUCCCCUUCAGCACAGAAGUUUUGUUUUCCUUGUCUAAUUGGAGCAGCCUCAGUUGCUGUAUUUCUUUUAUUUCAGUUGGCACUUGGUUUCUGGUUCUACAGAAGAAGGAAAAGAAGAAGGAAUUUGGUCAGGAAGAAAGCCAGUUUUGCUUAUACCAGUUCCAAUUCAAAUGACUUGAUUGUGUUAUCCUUCUCCGAAAUAGAGGACUUUACAGAAAAGUUUAAGCAUCAGAUUGGACGAGAGAUGUUCAAAGCUAUUCUUCCAAAUAAAGAACCAGUUGCAAUCAAAGAGAUGAAUCCGUCCAUUGAAGAAAGAAAAUACCGGUCUGCAGUUUCAAUUAUAGGUGGCAUUCAUCACAAAAACCUUGUGAAGCUGCAGGGUUACUGUUGUGAGUUAAAUCACAGGUUUCUGGUCUAUGAAUAUGUCAAAAAUGGUUCUGUGGAGAAAUAUAUAGAAGACCAUAAACUGUGUAAGAGGCUGACUUGGGGAAAGAGAGUUGAUAUAUGCUUAAGCGUGGCAAGAGCCAUUAGUUAUCUACACACAAGCUGCAGGAAAUGCAUCAUCCAUGGGAAUUUGAAAUGCGAGGAUGUGUUAUUGGAUGAAAAUUUAGGGGCCAAGGUGACUGGAUUUGGGCUUGGGACAAUCGUCGGGAAUGAAGCAUGCUCUUCAGCAACGAGAGAUGUAGAAGACUUUGGUAGGAUGGUGUUGGUUUUGGUGAGUGGGUGUAGAGAAGUUGGGGACCUCUGUGAAUGGGCAUACAAAGAGUGGUCAGAUGGGCAUCCGGAGAAUGUAGUUGAUAGAAGACUAGAUGGUAUGCAUAUAACUCACGAGCUCGAGCGUGUUUUAAGAAUUGCAUUUUGGUGUCUCCAAAUUGAUGAACGUCAAAGACCUUCAAUGAGUGAAGUGGUUAUGGUGUUAGAAGGCACAUCGAGCGUUGACCCCCCACCUCCCCCUUUUGCUUGAUAAAGAAUGACAACUGAUAGCGCCAGGGUCCAAACUAUCUUGAAGAAGCUUUUAUUUCUUAAGAAGUUUGAAGUGUGACUAACAACACACUGACAAAUUCGCCUCCAAGUUUUCUUAGGACAAAACUAUUCAUCUACCACUUGACCUUUCAUCAUAAUGAAAUGUGGUUGUGUCAUAAUUUUAGAGUUUUGGUGUUAACAGUGAACUGUAGUUUUCAAUUUUUUUUUCUCUACAUUCCAGGUCUUAAAUGAGUUUGAUGAGAAAUCCUUUAUCCUACAUAUAUGGGGUUAAUCUUAUGCAUUCAUAUGUGCAUUU